CACUCUCUCUCUCUCUCUCUCAAGAACUCUCCAGAUUUCCUCUCACUCCUAUUUCUCUCCCUCUUUCUUCUUCCUCUCACAUCCCAAUUCCCAAUCUAACCCUCAAAAUCCUCAAAAUCCCCCAAACCCCAAACUCUCUGUUUUUUUCAAUUCCAUCAAUGGCAAAGUACGGCGAGGGCGACAAGCGGUGGAUCGUGGAGGACAGGCCCGACGGAGCCAACGUGCACAACUGGCACUGGGCCGAGACCGAUUGCCUCGCCUGGUCACGUGACCUGCUCACCAAGCUUCUCUCCAACCUCACCAUCCUCGACGGCGAGGGCGACCUCUUCGUCAAGACCAAAAAAGUCGACAAGGUCGAAGGCGACGCUUACGUCAACAUCCGCAAAGGGAAAAUCAUCCCCGGCUACGAAAUCAGCGUCACUCUCUCCUGGGAAGGCGAGGCCAGAGACGCCGACGGCAAGUCGCUGCUCAAGGUCGACGGCGCCGUCGAGAUUCCCUACAUCGCCGACGAGAAUGCCGACGAGGAUCCCGAGGUUAAGGUCACGGUCAAGGACGAGGGGCCGAUUGGGAGGAGGAUUAAGGAGGCGAUGGUGGCGAAAGGGAAGCCGGUGAUUUUGGAGAAGGUUAGGGUUUAUGUGAAGAGUAUGGCGCAGGGUGGGCCGGCUAAGGAUGAGGCCGAGGCGAAGAAGAUUGCGCCCAAGAGUAACUCGACGAGCUCCGUGGCGGCGGUGAAGAAGGAGGUUGUGGUGGAGAAGAAGGAGGUGAAGAAGGAGGGGAAGAAAGGGUUUAAGACUAUUAGUAUGACUGAGAAGUUUAGCUGCAGGGCGAGUAAUUUGUAUGAGAUUUUGAUGGAUGAGAAUAGGUGGAAGGGGUUUACCCAGAGCAAUGCUAAGAUAAGUAAGGAGGUUGGAGGGGAGUUUAGUAUUUUCGAUGGCUCCGUGACAGGGAAGAAUUUGGAGUUGCAGAAUGGGAAGUUGAUUGUGCAGAAUUGGAGAUUUGGGAAUUGGCCUGAUGGCAUUCAGUCAAAGGUGACACUUGCAAUGGACGAGCCUGAACCUGGUCUUACUGUUGUAAAGCUAACCCAUGUGGACAUUCCUGAGGAAGACAGAUAUGGGAAUGCCACUGUGGUAGAGAAUACUGAGAGAGGAUGGCGAGAUCUUAUCUUCCAGAGGAUAAGGGCAGUUUUUGGAUUUGGAAUUUAAGAUUUAUGAGUCUUCUCUUCUUUUUAAUUGUAGAAUUUGGUUGUUUCGGAAGCAUUAAUUCAGUGUCAAGUUUAGAAUUCACCGUGUCUAAUGCUGGUCUAAUGUAUGUGCUGUCAUUGAUAAGCUGGGGUCAGUGUCGCUGGAUUGUCAUUUAAAUGGAUUGUCAUUCCUCUUCACAUUUUCAAUAACUAAAAAUCAUCCUGAGUUUUUUACAAGAAUGAGAAAGAUUUCUGUCAUUUUGUCAAUGUUUUUACAUUAAUUUUCCCUUUCCUUCCUGUUAUCAACACCGCUUCAGCACGGCUGGAUGUGUAAGUUUGUUUUUACAUGUUUGGGUAGGAGCUAUGCAUCUUUUGGUGGUAUUUUGCAAUUUUUAGUUGGCAUGUGCUUAUCAUUUGUUGAGUAGGCUUCUUUAGCAUACACAAGUGGUAUAUUGAUUGUAGGUUGAGGAAGUAAAAUCUCAAAGAUUAACCCAAGUUCACUGUUUAGAUCAAUAAUAUCUCGUCUGUUGGCUUUUUAAGCAAAAAGCAGUAUGUUGUUAGAACACAUAAUGGUUGUUGUGAGUGUGGGCAGUUGAGUAUGAAUAAUAUUC